AAGGUCGACGCUAAUUUCAAUUUAGAAUAACUGUGAACGGCAAGCGCGACGGAUAUUUGAUAGCACAAUAGCAAUACUAAAUUGUGCAAUUAAAUAAUUUCGUUUGAAAUUUCAUAACACACAACCGUAAAGUAGUGUAAAACUUAUUUAAACACACGCGUGUUAAGUUUCCGUUACGUAGCAAAAUGAGUGCGAAAUUGUGCAGUUUAAGUUUGCUGUUAGCGCUUACGCUACAAAUAUCGCUUGUGCUGGGAAAGCAUUUGUUAGAAAAACCUGAUUUUCUAAGACCCUGUGAUUUUAAUGAUCCCAACUUGAAUACGUGCUUUGCCUCAAAUUUCCAAGUAUUAUUCCGCGAAUGGAAGGAUGGUAUACCCGGCUUAAAGAGUUUGGGCUCUUUGGAACCGUUAGCUAUUAAGCGUAUUAAGAUAGAUCAAACUAGUCCGCUACAACUCAAUGCCGAAAUAGAAAACAUGCUUGUGCACGGUGCCAGUGGAACGAAGGUGCUGGAAGCAUCUCUAGAUAGAAACACCUUGGAUGUGUUGGCCAAAAUUGAGAUACCAGAACUGCGCGCUACCUCCAACUACAAGGCUAAAGGCUCCAUUUUGGGUUUGAACUUUAACGGGCAGGGCACAGCCAGCUUUAGAGCAAGAAACAUCGUAUUGGCUUUCCACAUUAAAACAAGAUUGCGCCGCGAAGGUGAUAUAGUUUUCUCCGAAAUACUUGGACUUAAGGCGAAAAUCGAGAAUAUCGGCGAUUUUCACAUACAAGUGGAUAAUUUGUUUCCCGGCCAGCCCGAGCUUGAAAGCACCGCCAAUGAUAUAUUCAAUCAAAACUGGCGUGACUUAUUAGAGUUUCUAAAGCCAACAUUAGUGCCAACGCUGGAAUAUGUGAUGAAUGAUCGCUUUUCGAAAAUCUACUCAUUUGUGCCCGCAAAUUAUUUUAUUACCAAUUUACCUUGAAUAGUGAAUCAAACAUUUGACUAUUCGCGCGAUGUGAGCGUUUAGAGGAAAUAUCAAUUUUUGUGAUUAUUAAAUAAUUUGUUAAUAAUAAAAGUAUUUUCUUAUUUAUGUGUAAUAAAGGAAAAAAUUUACAAUAAAAUUAAACAAA